UCUUUUUUGACACCAGCAUCCGAGACAUCAUCAGUUAUCAUAUGGAUGCUUUAUUGAAUGGAUUUUGAUACAUCAAUGCGAAGUUUAAAUAUCAAUUGAAGCAAUUAACUUGUUGUUUGUUUUUGGUAAAUUCAACUUUGACCUCCAGCUUGAUUUCAAAAUGGCGCAGUUUCUAUCGCAGGAACAGAUUAAUGAGUUCAAGGAAUGUUUCUCCUUGUACGACAAACAGCACAACAACCGUAUCAAUACGCGGGACCUGAAGACUGUGAUGCGGUCCCUCGGACUGGCUGUCACCGAGGGGGAAGUAACGACUUACAUUAAGGAGUUUGACAAAGGCAGGAAAGGUUACAUCAACUUCUCGGACUUCCUGUCCAUCAUGCACCAGCAGCUGGAGAAGGAGGACCCUGCUAAGGAGAUCCUCGAUGCUCUGAAGUACACGGACAGACAGGGGCGGGGCUUUGUCAUGGCAACAGAACUCAGGCACUGUCUGACCAAAACUGGGGAGAGACUCACAGAUCGAGAAGUUGACCACAUGUUACGGGAGGCAAACAUCCAGCCCAAGGGUGUGGUGAAGUACCCAGAGUUUGUGAAACAGAUCACACUACCUCUGCCUGACUACUGAGCAAACCAGCUCACAUGGAGGAUGCAUGGCUCCCAGAUGAUUCAAUAAUCAGCAAAAUUCAAUAGUGGUUGACAAUAGGGUAGAACCAUUGCUAGAGAUUUAAGAUGAUGGUAACUUAUAAUUGAUGUGAAUUUUACUUACUGAAACCUAAGGUAAAACCAUUGGGUAUUUUGAAUGUGUAAUUGUAGUUUUAGGCUUUGAAGCUUUUUAUUUGUUAAAUAUUGUGAUGUGUGGCACAUGAAAUUAGAAACCUGAUCUGUUUGACAACCAGCCUCUGCCUUUUACAGGCACAAGUUCAACGUAAUUGUGUGAUAAUGUAGCAUUACUGUUCAGAUUAGUAUGGACCAACUUCAGCACAUUCCCAAUUGUAUUGUAAUUAAGUAUGCUUUCCUGGAACCUAUAUCUUUACUAGCCUUUGCACUUUGCACAUCUUGCUGUGGGAUGUGGCUAAUAUUUCUCUAUAUGUAAAUUGUCCAAGUUUAUACUGAAUCUGUUGUUAGCUAUAGAUGAUGAUAUAUAGAAUUGGGUAAAAUUUACUAUGCAAGCCACAUGUAACAACAUAGAAGUUACGUAUCAAACAAUAAGCAUUGUAAGAUAAAGUAUGCACGCAUAUUACCUACAGGUCAAAAAUGAUUAAAAUGUAUUCAUCCCUU